AUGUUAUUUCUGGGUAAAUCUGACCGAUGCUCGCCUCUGAAGCUGGUCCUUUGGUCGGUAUCGGUUCUGUUGUGUUUGUCGGUCCGGUCCGGAGCCGAGGAGAACCCGUGGUACCAGGACCUCUGCAGUUAUAAAUGGGAGGCCAUAGACCAGGUCAAUAAACUCAGCUACACGCUAAGGCUUUGUGAGUCCUCACCGUCGACCAGUUGUGGCUCCGGCACCGCCGUCUGCGCCCGGGACCUCAACACCAAAGCAAACCCAACCAAAGCAGCCCAGUCCGUGGGUGAGCUGUCUCUGCAGAGGCUCUCUGGCUCGGUGCUGGAUUUCAACAGCACGGAAAAAUGUCUGGGAAGCAACAACAACAUCCAGACCAGCAUCAGCUUCCAGUGUGGGAAAACCAUGGGGACCCCGGAGUUUGUGGCUGUGUCUCAGUGUGUGCAUUACUUUGAGUGGAGGACGUACGCCGCCUGCAAGAGAGACAAAUUCAAGCCACACAAAGAGGUGCCUUGCUACGUGUUUGACUCUGACGGCAAGAAGCACGACCUGAACCCUCUGAUCAAAGUGAACGAUGGAUAUCUGGUGGACGACGGAGACGACACCAUCGACUUCUACAUCAACAUCUGCCGGAGCCUCAAUCGACCGGAUGGCUCGUGUGCAGAGGGCUCUGCCGCCUGUCUGGUCACCAGCCACGGAUCCUACGACAUGGGCUCUCCUACCGCACAGCUGGAGCUGCUGUCAAAUGAGAGACUGAGGUUAACGUAUAACGCCACCAGUUCAACUCCUCCAGACAUCUGUAAGGAACACACUCCAGCCGUCACCAUCACCUUCAUCUGUCCGUCAAGCAGACACUCGGGCAGUCCUCCUAAGAUGAUAGCGGAGUCCAACUGUCGUUACGAGGUGGAGUGGGUGACGGAGUACGCCUGUCACAGAGACUAUCUGGAGAGCAAUAACUGCAAAAUGACCAACGACCAGCACGACAUCUCCAUCGACCUGACACCGCUCACCCUGAGCUCUACAGACCAUCCGUACUACGCACAUACUGGGGACGACAGCUACGUUUAUUACCUGAACGUGUGUGGAAAGGUCCCCAGCGGCGAAUGUGGCGAAGACCCGUACGUCUCGUCCUGCCAGGUGAAGAAGAUCGGGGACGUGAAGAAGGUGGCUGGACAAUAUAAGAACCAGACACUACGUUAUUCAGACGGAGAUCUGACUCUGAUCUACCCGGACGGCACCAGAUGCUCCACCGGCUUCCAGAGAAUGACCAUCAUCAACUUUGAGUGCAACAAGAACGCAUCGAGCGGUGGACGAGGGGUUCCAGUUUUUGCGGGCGAGACAGACUGCACUUACUACUUUGACUGGGAUACGGCUUUCGCCUGCAUCAAGGAGAAAGAGGAUCUACUUUGUCAAGUCAGAGACGACACCAAACACUACGACCUCUCAGCCCUCACAAGAAACCUUGGGUCAGAUGCCGGAGGGAACUGGGAAGCGGUGGAUGAUACAUCUCCAAAGCCAGACUCUCGUUUCUUCCUGAAUGUUUGUCACAAAGUCAUCCUGACAGGAGAUGCUGUCGGCUGCCCGAUGGACGCCUCCAUCUGUGCCGUGGAUACGAAACUAGGGGCCAUCAGCCUGGGCAGCUUCCUCUCCUCUCCCCAGAAGACUAAAGUAGGAAAUGACAUCAGACUGGUUUACACUGAGGGAAGUGUUUGCAGCGAUAAAAAGACAAGGAUCCAAACCAUCCUGACACUCAAGUGCAAACCAGGAGAUCUGGAGAGCGCUCCUGUCCUCCGCAGCGUUUCCUCUGAUGGAUGUGUGUAUGAGAUGGAGUGGUACACCGCCGCCGCCUGCGUCCUCUCCAAGGCUCAGGGAGACGACUGCAGGGUGGAGGACCCUCAGGCCGGGUUUUCUUUCGACUUGUCUCCUCUCUCCAAAGCCGACGGUGGUUUCUACAACCUGAGCAGCAACCACUACGAUUACUACAUCAACGUGUGCGGUCCUGUCAAAGCUGCCAGCUGUCCGGAGAAGGCUGGGGCGUGCCAGUCUGAAAAGAGUUCUUGGAGUCUCGGGGAAGCGAACUCUCGCCUGUCUUACUACGACGGCCUGAUCCAGCUCACCUACAGCAACGGCUCCCAGUACAACAACAAAGAGCACACUCUCAGAUCCACUCUCAUCUCCUUCCUGUGUGACCCUGAAGCCGGAGCUGGAAAACCAGAAUUCCAGGUUGAGGACAAGUACACGUAUAACUUCCGCUGGUAUACAUCCUACGCUUGUCCUGAGAGGCCUCAUGAGUGUUUGGUGACAGAUCCCGUCACUCUAGAGCAGUACGACUUAUCCAGCUUGUCCCGCUCCACCUCCAUGAAAAACUGGCAGACGAUGGACUUGACUGACACUAUGAACUUGAAGAAGUACUACAUCAACAUUUGUCGUCCGAUCGUCCCCGUCACAGGCUGCGACCACCAUGCGUCCGUCUGUCAGAUGAAGUACAUCUCUGACCAGGGAUCUCCAAAGGAAGCCAUCUCCGUCAGUAAUAUGGGUGUUUCCAAGCGAGGGCCGAUCAUCGAGGCUCGGGACCGGCUGCUGCUGGAGUUCACUGACGGCUCCGUGUGCGAGUCAGACGGCCAGAAGCUCUCCUACACGACACGCAUCCACCUGGUCUGCUCCAGAGGAAGCUCGUCAAUGGGCCCGCGGUUCCUGAUGUACCAGAACUGCACCGCCAACUUCAUCUGGGACACAAGAGCAGCCUGCGCCAUCAAAACCACUGAGAACAAUAGUUGUGCUGUGGUGGACCCAAACACUGGCUAUGAGUUCAACCUUCAGCUUCUGGCCAAUGAGAAGGGAUACACGACAAGAGCAAAUGGAAAGGACUUCCUGGUGAACAUCUGCGCAGACGUGGCAGAGUGUGGAAAGGGCAUCGCUGGCUGUGAGCUGGAGGACGGGCACGCUCUGAGCCUGGUGGGGGUGGAGAAGACUCUGCAGUACUCUACCGACGGCCUGCUGCAACUCACAUACAAAGGAGUCCUGGACGAGCCCACAGCUUCCCGGGACACCUUCACCAUUAACUUUGUGUGUGAUGAAAACGCUCACCCCGGCUCAUUAAAGCUGAUGCACGAGGAGCUCGGCACUGUCGUCCACAACGUCGUCUUUGAGUUCUCCACCGCUCUGGCCUGCGUCCCUGCUCCUGUCGACUGCCAGAUCAUUGAUUCCCACGGUAAUGAGUACGACCUCAGUCAUCUGAUGCGUGACGGAGAGGACAGCCCCUGGAUCGCCAUAGAUACAGAUGUGGCCAAAUCACGACGCUUUUACAUCAACGUCUGCAAACCCCUUCCUCCUGUGAGCGGGUGUCCAGUGGGUCCUCUGGGUUCUUGUGCCACGAUCGGUGACAAGAGUUACAACCUGGGCUACGUGCUGUCGAGCCCUCAGGCGGCGGAGGACGGCUCCAUCAGCAUCGUGUACCAGAACGGCGACCGCUGCGACAACAACUCCCGCUACUCCACACGCAUCCUCUUCCAGUGUGACGACAGCCCCGGCUCCCCCAUGUUCGACCGUUUAGAUGGUUGUGAAUAUGUCUUCAUCUGGAGGACAUCUGAGGCCUGCCCCCUCCGGAAGUCUAAAGGUGAUAACUGCCGUGUUCGUGACCCGAAAAGCGGCUACGAGUUUGAUCUGAGUUCUCUGAAGGAUCGUGAUUUCCCGAUCCACAGUGACAAGUACAUCUACCACCUGUCUGUCUGUGGGGGGCUGCAGAGAGACAUCUGCACGCACAAAGACACCGGCCUAGAGUCUGUCUCCUCCUGCCAGGUGGAAGGGGGGGGCAAAGCCAAGAUCGCAGGAAUGGCAAACCAGAUUCUGAGUUACGUGGGAGACCAGAUCAUCCUGAACUACACCAAUGGAGAGUCCUGUCAUAAGAUUUACACCAGAUCCACUGAGAUCUACUUCUCCUGCCACCCCGACAUGCAUCCUGGAGCUCCAGAGUUCCUCAAGGAGACUCCAGACUGCACCUACCUGUUCAGCUGGCCCACAGCGCUGGCCUGCGUCCCCGUCAAAACCACCAGCUGCUCCUACAAUGAUGGUCAGGGUCACUCGUACGACCUCUCCCCUCUGGCUAUGGACUCCGGAAACUGGGAGGUGGAGCCGUCUACGGAGAACCCAGAUCGAUUUUACAUCAACGUCUGCAGGUCGCUGGUGCAGCAGGGAGGUUCCUGGAAGUGUCCCUCGGGUGCAGCGUCCUGUGUGAAGUCAGGAGAGCAGUAUGUGAGUUUGGGGCAGGUGGAGUCCAGCCCCACGUGGGACAGAGGAGUCCUGAAGCUGCAGUACAGCAGCGGAGAGGCCUGUGUGGGGGGAAACCGCACCAAGAGCAGCAUCAUCCGCUUCAAGUGUGACAAAGACAAAGUGGACUCUCGGCCUACUCUGAUCUCAGCCAUUGAGGAUUGUGUGUACACCUUCCUCUGGUUAACAGCCGCCGCCUGCCCUCUGAACAGCGUCCAGCACGACAACUGCAGAGUCUCCAACCCUGCCACAGGUCAUCUGUUUGAUCUCAGCGCCCUGACACAGGAGGGGGGUUACACCGUGUACGACCCUAAGUCCCACAGGAAGAUGUUCCGCAUGAACAUCUGUGCAGACGUGAGCAACGCCGGCUGCGACCCUGACACCGCUGUGUGCAUAAAGGAAGGAAACACUGUGGUGAGGGGGGGUCAGGUGAGCAGGAAACUCUCGUACAAGGAUCACGUCGUGGAGCUGGCGUACGACGGAGGAAGUCCCUGCGCCGCGAACCCCGACCUCAAACACAACACCAUCAUAAACUUCAUCUGCAGACCACCCAACAUGGUCUCGUCCCCUCCGGAGCCGGUUCUCAUUCACACCAACGACGAGACUUGCACACACUUCUUCUCUUUCCACACACCCCUGGUCUGCGAACAGCCAGUAAAGUGUUCAGUCCAGAACGGCUCCGCUCUUAUCGACCUGACUCCUCUAAUUCAUGUCAGCGGAUACUACACAGCAACAGAUGACACCGUGGGCCAAGACGACGGAUCUCCAGACUUCUACAUCAACAUCUGUCAGCCUCUGAACCCGAUCCCCGGGGUCACCUGCCCCCCCGGAGCUGCCGUCUGCUCAGAUCCUGAUAAUGGACCCCCUGUGGACAUCGGGCGGACGACCAGCGGUCCUGAGAUCAACAGCGCUUCAGGAGAAGUGUCCAUCACGUACAGCAGCUCCACGCCGUGUGCAGCUGAUCCUGCUCAGAACUACACCUCCACCAUCAUCUUCACCUGCCAGAGAGGCCUGGAGCUGGGCUCUCCUCGGAUGCUGAGGCUGCAGCAGUGUGUGUAUCUGUUCGAGUGGGCGACCCCUCUGGUGUGUUCGGACGCCAUACACACCGACACCAGCGGCUGCCAGCUCACUGACUCCCAGCUGCAGUUCACCUUCGACCUCUCCAUCCUCUCUGGCCAAGUCCAGGUACCUGUGAACUCCAGCAUUUACCACAUCAACGUCUGCGGCUCAGUGACCGAGCCGGCCUGUAAGCAGAGUGCCGUCUGCAGGGUGUCUGGUUCUGGUUCAGAUCAGUCCGCCUCGUCUUUUGGGAUCAGCAAGGCCAUGACCAUGGACUUCAAACACGAUGAGGAGGCUGUGCUGAUGCAGUACGGAGGGGGGGAUCCAUGCCCACCAGUGACAGAUGACGGCGACGUGUGUUUGUUCCCCUUCACCUUCAUGAAGAAUUUGUACACCGAGUGCACCAAAGAUGGACGGUCUGACGGCAGGAUGUGGUGCGCAACGACAGCCAACUACGACACGGACAAGAAGUGGGGGUUCUGCAACGCAGCCUCUGGAAAGCGUCAGUCCUCCAUCCUGUUCAGCUGCGAUCAGUCGGAGGGCCACGGCUCUCCUCGGCUGCUCUCAGAGACGGCGGGAUGUUCGGCCACCUUCCAGUGGCGCACCAGCGCUGUGUGUCCUCCCGUGAAGAUGGAGUGUAAGCUGGUCAGUCAGCAUCAAACCUUCGACCUGCGGACCCUCUCCUCCCUCACCGAGCCCUGGAGGUUCAGCCACCACGGAGACUCGUACUACAUCAACCUGUGUCAGGGGAUCCACGGCGGGCUCACAGGAUGUCCAGAAGGAGCCACUGUGUGCCGGCGCACCGCAGCAGGAGCCACACACACUCUGGGGAAGGUUUACACCCAGCAGAUGACAUACACUGAUGGAAAGAUCUCAGUGAGUUACUCAGCGGGAGACGAUGUGUGUGGAAACGGCGUGAAGGCGAAGACUACGAUCCAGCUGAGCUGCGGCUCCACUGUGGGACAGCCCACCCUCAUCAGUGUUGAUAAGGCCUCCUGUGAGUUUGUGAUUGGCUGGGAGACUCGCUCGGCGUGUGCGGUGAAGCAGCAUGAGGUGGAGAUGGUGAACGGGACGAUCAAGGUCCCCGACACGGGAGCCAGCCUCAGCCUCGGAGCGCUCUACUUCAGCCAACACGAGGCGUCCGGAGACAUCCGUCCGAACGGCGACCGCUACGUGUACCAGAUCCAGCUGUCCGGGAUCACCAACCCCUCGCUCUCCGCCUGCAUCGGAGCAAACAUCUGUCAGGUCAAACUCAACGCGACGUACAGACGCAGGAUCGGAUCCUCCAGCAAGGCCAAGUACUACAUCAAAGGAGGGAACCUGGACGUGAUGGUGCCCUCGGAGUCGGCCUGUGGACGUGAGAAAACCAAAAUGGUGUCGUCCACCAUCAUGUUCCACUGCAACCCGUCGGCAGGCGUCGGCAUCCCAGAGUUCAUGCUGGAGACGGACGAGUGCCAGUAUCUGUUUGUGUGGCACACGGACGCUGUGUGUGGGCUCACAACUAUUGAUGCAAAGUCCUACGACGACGACGACAGUGUGACUCCAGUGAUCACCAGACGCAGCCAGACGAUGAGUCUGAUGCUGAGCGCCCUGCUGCUCAGUCUCACCGUGUGCCUGCUGGGACUCCUGCUGCACAAGAGGGAGAGGAGAGAGCUGGUGAUCCAGAAAGUAGCUGGCUGCUGCAGGAGAGUGAACCAAGUCUCCUAUAAAUAUUCCAAGGUGAACAUUGACGAGGAAGUUGGAGAGGAGGAGAUGGAGUGGCUGAUGGAGGAGCUCGAAGGCCCUCCCUCUACCUCCUCAUCUUCACAGCGGGGGAAGAGUAGCCACGGUAACGGGCACAUCAAAACAAAGCCGGUGAACACGGACGGCCUGCGCUCGUUCUCCCUGGACGAGCAGGACGACGACGACGACAGCGAGGACGAGGUGCUGAGCGUCCCGGGGGUCCGGGUCAAAUCCUCCUCUCUGUCCCGCGUCUCUGCAGCCAGUCGCAGCCCCUUCCUGCAGGAGGAGAGCGACGAGGACCUGGUGGGCCUCCUGGAGGACGAGGACAGGAAGAAGAAGAGCAGCAAACCUCGCUCCUCAGGCGUUAAUCACGGUAACAACACGGCAGCAAACAGGAAGCGGGACGAGGAAGACAGCGAUGAAGACCUCCUCAGGGUGUGAUGUCUCUUCCUGCUUCCCGCUCUCAACCAAUCUGAACUCUUCUCUCUCAGUGAAUGUCUCCAUAACAGCAACAAAGACACACCAACAGCAAAUUGAAAGCAGAAACCUUUCCUCUCUUUUGGGAUUUAUUUUGUAUUUGUUGGACUGCACCUUUUCUCGGCCUCAGACUCGAUCUGUCUGUGUUCUUAUUUAUUGAUAGCUGAUUAUUUAAAAGGGUCGUUUUUUGACCCGCACCCUAUUUUCUUUCUCACAUUUUCUGUCAUCAUUUCUGAAAUAAAAUAACUUUCCCUCGUUUAGUUACUUUGAUCCAGCCACAUGUAUCGAACUAAAAAUCAACCCCAGAUGCACAAAAAGCAUCUUUGACUUUGCAACGAGGCACGUCGGUUAAAAAGCUGAACAUUAAAUUAUAUUUUUCUUUUAUUUCUUGGGUUUAUGAAAUGAAGUCGUGCCAUUGCUUUAGCACUUUAUUGUAGCAUUGAUUAACUGAUGAUGUCUCAUUGCAAGCGAAGAAAACAUUUGGAGUUGAUUUUUAGUUUCCAGGAUUGUGAGUGAUGACUGUGGGAAGAUGUACGAUUAAGUAGCUCGAUAUGGAAAGCAUAUUUUAGGAGAAAGACACAAGCUAUCAAAUAAAAACAAAGGGGGGGUCAGGGAAGGUGUCUGCUUGUUGUUUCUAAAGGGAAUGAAGACACCCGUCUUUUCUUGCUGUUUACAGUUGCUAUAAUAGCUCUCGCGAUGCCUUCCUGAUGAAUCGUGUCCGGCGACAGACUGAUUAAUUUUUUUCUCGUUUUUGAUCAGAGACAUUGUACAGGAUUAUGUUCUAUAAUAUGGACGUUUUGUUUGUUUGUUUGUUUGUUUGUUUGUUUGUUGUCCUCACUGGUGAAUUGCUCACACAUUUGUUUUUAUGAUUAUUUAAGUGGGUGUCUGUCCUUUGUGGAAAUAAUAGAGAUGGCCUUAAGUGUGAAUGGAUGGUCGACGAGGACGGAGGUUGAAAGUAAAAUAUGAAAUGUUUUGGUUUUUUUCAGUUUUCAAUCCCCUCCCCUUCCCUCCCCCCAAAAAGCCAUAUUCCUACCCUCCGCCGCUGGCACUAAUGUAUUGAAGUUGAGAAGUUGUGUUUCCGCUUGCACGCUGUCGUACAUUAAAGGCUCAGCUCUGGUGUUCAGGUCUGUGAUUGUGGAUGUCGCUGCGUUGAAAAGUCCGAUUUUUUUUUUUUUCCUUCUCUCGAAGCCAGUUGUGCUGGAAUCAGCCCCUUCUCAGCCAAACGCAUGAAACUAAACGAAAGAAGCAUUAAAGUAUCAAGAAUGCGAGCAGGUUACUUACAUUUAACAUAUUGUCUGCUUUAUUAUCUAACUAGUGUAAAGAUGGGAGAUCCAGCGCAGAGAUAUCUGGGUAAAGUCAAUCAAACUACAGUGUGCACACAUGAACUGAGCAAGCCUACACAGUAUAAACAGAGUAUUCGUGCUCCUUUGGUCCCAGACAAGGUUUUUUGACUUUUUCGGUUAUACAAUUAGGACUCAUUUAAAAACCCACAAAUAGCUGAAAAUCUGCACCAGUGUAGUUUUGGCCGCAACUAAACAAUAUUUUCAUUUUCCAUUAUUAAAAAGUCAAAAAAUAGUGAAAAGUGGCCCUUUAUAAAUCCUCCAAGAGUCCAAGGUGAUGUCUUCAAAUGUGUUUGUCCAAGCAAUAUUUUUGAAACUCUGUAAGUAGUAAUAAUCUCUGGGACACUUUUCACUUUGUUUUUAUCACAGACUUGAUUAUGUGUAAGGUGAUAAAUGGAAUAAUUGAUAAUGAAAAUAACCAUUAGUUGCAGACCCAAGUAUCGUCCAUUUUCUUAUAUCAGUAAAUACGAAAUGGGGUUUAUUCUCACCUGGACAAAUGACCUGAACUGCACACUUUAUGUUGGUGAUUGUUCAACCUGUUGAUUAAUUGACAGAACGUGAACAAAGUAUUGAUUUGACAUCACAAACAUAAUGAGCAUUUCUCACAUCAAUUACAUAAUGGGAAUGACAGAACAUUCACUUUUGUGUUUUUCAGUAUUUAAUCCACAGAAACUAGAGAUAUUAUCAAAACAUGUCGUGCAAAGAAGGCUCACCUUUCAGGGUAUUUCUAAAGCUUUUUACACAAGUUUUUGUAGGAUACCAUUUGUCCAAAACACACACAAAAAGGAUAAAAAAAAAAACCUUGAAAUGGGAAACAAUCAGUAUUUUAUAUGGAUGAGUUUGGGAUGUCCCAUAAUAAUUAACAAGAAGAGAAAAACAUUAUGUCCGUCGUCUCAUGCUCCGGAUGUUCAGUCACUUAUUGUCCAGAAGUAAAAUAUCCAGAAAGAUUUGAAGCUUUGUUCACAUUUUGUUCUAAAUAAUUAAUUAUCAUGUCACCUGUCGACCAUAUCAUUAAGACAAGUGUUAGAAAGAGUUUAAGACAAAUAAAUUGAGGUUUAGUGCAGAGUUCAUAGAACUAAUCAAUUAGUGCUCUUAUAACUGUCCACAAUCCAUGUCUAUCAAUUAAAACCACUCCUCGGUCCAACAUCCACUCCGCGUGUAAACCUCAGUUGUUGUCCUGAAAGUGUUUGACUUCCUGAUCCAUUAGAAGGAGGUUUGAACUACCUGUGUUUGGCACUUUGAACUCAGCUCAUAUCUCACGAGUGAAAGUCGUAACACUGCUCGUUACGGAGAAGAAGGAUGGUACCGUUUUUAAUAUGUGAAGUCUUCUUAUUUUCCAUCGUUGCAUAAAGUCUGUUUUGCUGUAUUUAGCAACCAAAGUUAGCGUGGCUCGUCUGCAUGGUACUCUGCGAAGAAAUGAAUGGACAUUUCUUGUGCUUUUUUUUGUCUGCACUCGAGCAGAGAGAUGCUUCAGUGACGUGAAAGUAAUCCAAAUACAGAUAAAUGAUCUUGUGGCGACUUUAAAAAAAAAAAAAAGCACAAGAAGUUUUCUCUGAUAAUUGGGUACUAUGGGAGAUCAUUAUUCAGUUGGUGUACGUUAUGUUGUCUGAUAUGUUUUUCCUAUUUAAAAAUAACAUUGAUGUAAAAAGUAUUGCAUUCUUUGAAUAAAUACGAUCUGCUGUUUA